GGUCGAGGACGCGGGCCUGGGCGCUUCCCUGCGGCUGGACAACCGCCGCGGAGCAGCCCAAGCGGCGAGGCCGCAGUGGCCGUGCCCUUGACGCCCGGGUGCCGGGCAACACAUGGGCGGAUGAGGGGGCGGGGAGAGCUACGGGACUGGGGCCGAGCGGCGUGAGGGUCAUUCAAAGGGUAACGGGUCCGCUGCAGGAGCCAGGGAUCCGAGUGCCGUGUCCUCGCCGGAGCAGGAGGUCGGGGGCGGGAGAAGCCACGCCGGAGGUAUUCAGUGCAAUGGGGGCAGUGAAGAGCCACAACUCCAUCAUCAGGACCAUGUCUGAUGUACGAACUGUAACAUUAAUCCCCGGUGAUGGCAUUGGUCCAGAGAUAUCUAACGCUGUAAUGAAGAUCUUUGAUACUGCUGAAGUUCCCAUUCGUUGGGAGGAGAGGAGUGUGACAGCAAUCCAAGCACCAAGUGGAAACUGGGUUAUUCCUCCAGAAGCUAAAGAAUCGAUGAAUAAACACAAAAUUGGAUUGAAAGGGCCGUUGAAGACUCCAAUUGCAGCUGGCCAUCCCUCAAUGAAUUUGCUGCUUCGCAAGACCUUUGACCUUUACGCAAAUGUGCGUCCUUGUGUAUCUAUUGAAGGUUUCAAGACUCCAUACGAUGAUGUGGAUCUUGUGACCAUUAGAGAAAACACAGAAGGCGAAUAUAGCGGUAUAGAACAUGUGAUUGUCGAUGGCGUGGUCCAAAGUAUUAAGCUGAUCACAGAGAAUGCCAGCAGGCGGAUUGCAGAGUUUGCAUUUGAAUAUUCAAGGAACAAUAACAGGAAAAGGGUGACAGCUGUGCACAAAGCCAACAUCAUGCGAAUGUCGGAUGGUCUGUUCCUGAGGAAAUGCAGGGAAGUGGCGGAAAACUGUCACGAUGUCAAGUUUAAUGAAAUGUACUUGGAUACAGUCUGUCUUAACAUGGUGCAGGACCCGUCGCAGUUUGACGUCCUUGUAAUGCCCAACCUCUACGGUGACAUCUUAAGUGAUCUGUGCGCUGGACUGAUUGGAGGACUGGGAGUUACACCAAGUGGAAACAUUGGAGAAAACGGGAUUGCACUAUUUGAGUCUGUUCAUGGUACCGCACCAGAUAUUGCAGGGAUGGACCUGGCAAAUCCCACAGCCCUCCUGCUGAGUGCCGUGAUGAUGUUGAGACACAUCGACCUACAUGACUAUGCUAAAAAAAUAGAAACUGCCUGCUUUGAAACAAUUAAAGAGGGAAAGGUGCUAACCAAAGAUCUUGGUGGCAAUUCUAAAUGUUCUGAGUUCACACAUGAAAUCUGCCAGCGAGUGAGGGACCUGGAUUGAGUUAGCACAAUAUUUGCUGUAGUAUUCAACUCUCAUUAUCCACCAAAGUCAACUCUGCUGUACAGAAUCAGUCUGUCACAUCCAUGUAAACAAAAGCUGUGAAUGCAAUUUAAAUGUCCUGCUAUUUUACAUUUCCUUCUGGUAAAAAAUUAUAAUGUACUGUCUUUAGUGGCAUUCAGAUUAUUUAUUAUUGAUACUGAGUAUUUUUGUCCUGACCCAGAUUAUUAUCAUUUUUAUAUAGAAAGCUGCUGCAGAUUGUGCAUAUCAUUUCAUUAUUUACUUCCAUUCCACUUAAUUAAAGCAGUUCUCAAAAUGG